AUGGACGCCGCAGGCUACGAGAACGUCCACAUCAAGACCGAGUACGACGAGGACGCUGGCAUGGAGGCCGCUGGCAACGAGAAUGCCAUCAUGGGUAACGCAGCCAACGAGGACGCGGCCAUCAAGGAGGAAGGCAAUGAGCACGUCGCCAUCAAGAACGAGGCAGGGAGGCCGGUGGCAUGGAUAUCGCAGGCAUCGAGGUCACUGGCAACGCUUGCUUGCCCUAUCUGUUUCUACUGCAGCUGCCCGCGUUCUAUGGGAGGAAUGGCGCUGCGAGAACCCUUCAGGGUGCAACCUUUCCACGCCAAGGAGGACAUGAAGGGCGCCACCAACGAGGAAGAGAAGAAGUGGGCCUACGUCGGCGAGUGGGUCCCAUCGUUCAUCACUGCUCCGAGUGGAGCCAUUGAGGACAACGAAGCUAAUGGCAAUGAUGCUGCUGGCACCGGGCCGGAGGGGGGUCCCAAGCGCGCUCGCAGAGCCAACGGCAACGCCCGAGCCCCGGUUCGUGCCCCUGAGCAGGAGAAGAAGCAGGAGGACGAGAUACCGUCCUCGACCGCAGGAAUCGAUGGCCAAGAGUGGAAGAACGAUUCCGACAGGCAGUGGAUGGGGGAGAUGCGCCAGUCUAGUGUACCGCGCAGCACCGAGACUGAGUGCCCUUGGUGUGAUUCGCAUGAGAAUGCGGCGAUGUCCAUCUGCCAACUGAACGGGUACAAGGUUAAUGGCAGGCCCCUGAAGUGCAGAUGGGCCAUGGAGACGUGCAUGCUUUACAAACCCCUCUCACAAGGACUCAUCUUCAAGAUGACACGCUUCCCACCGAUCCAAGCACAGUACGACGAACUUGUCCACAAGUGGGGAAAGGCAUUAGCCACGAACCAGAUCAUGGCACGAUCCUUCGAAGACUUCUCGAGCGAGCCCGCGGAAUGCAGGUGGCACUCGAGAAGCCAGCCAGCAGUUGAGGCACGAGUCCCGCACCGCCUAUGGGUGUGUUCGAAGGCUCUGGAGCAAGCUCGACGUCGCGAGUCUGCCGCUGGUGAUGCUCCGUCUGCGUCUGAUGCUGCUUCUGGUCUUCCUCCCUCUGCCUCCGAGUCUGAACUCCCGACCCAGCGACCGGGCCCCGGAUUCAUCCAGGGUGCCCCGAGUUUUUCGCUGUACAACCCGGACAGCGGCCGUCGCCGACCUGAUCCCCCGGCACACCGGUAUUCGACCUCAUAG